GAACUUUUGUUGUCACCUCCCAAUACACCAGAUUCCUUUUUGGAUUGUCAUUUCAUCGCGCAGUUAUGCCUACCCAGUUGUCCACUCUUUCUUCUCCAGGAUCUGCGCUUCGUUACAACCGAAGAGAAACGCAAUCAGGGCUGCAAACGGGAGAACGAGCUACUGAUACACAGACAGAAGGCCGAUGGUAGAACCGUUCCUUACCGAGUGAUUGAUCAGCCCAACAAACUCCAACCCGAUGAGUGGAACCGCGUUGUGGCCGUGUUUGUUCAGGGUCAGGCUUGGCAGUUUAAAGGGUGGCCAAUCGGCUCAGAUCCUGCCGUCAUCUUUUCAUUGCUAAAAGGCUUCCACCUGAAGUACACCAAUAUGCCAUUGGAUGCCAACGUGGCCAAAUGGAACGUCCAGGUUAUAAAUUUGGACAGGCGGCGGCACUUGGACAAGGUGCAUUUUCAAGGUUUUUGGGAUCAGUUGGACAAACACAUUGCCAAAUACAAGUCAUUCCUUCGUUCUUAA